AUGGCACCCAAGAACUCCCAAUCCAAGUCAAGAGUCUCCAAUAUCCCGCUCGCCAGUGCCUUCGACGAAGGCUCUUAUCUCACCGAGCGGGAUUUCGAAAAGCGACCUGACACAAUUUCCCCAUCGACCCCAGUACCUAAGCAGGAUAAACACGCGGAGGAGUCUCAAGCCAGUAACUCAAACCAAGUAGGCUCUGUAUCUGCCUCGACGACAACGAGUCUACCAGCAUUUUCUUCCAAGGCAGCAGAAAUGGUGACAAGACAUACGAGCCCAGAGGGUCGAGCUCAGAUCGUGGAAGACGCAGGGAAGUCGGAGAGCGCAGACAGGGCGCAGGGCACAGCACAAGAACGAGAAGGUGAAGAAGCAGUGACGCUUCAAGAAUUGCAGCAUCAAGUACAAGUCAAUUGUAAUUCUUUGAUGGACGAGGUUGACGAGCUACACUACCGCUUGGAGCAAUUUCAGGAGCAGGUGGAGGAGCAGAGGAGGGAGCAGAGGAGGGAGCAGAGGAUGGAGUUGAAUCGUUUACAAGUGCUUUGUAGAUCUAUUGACCUUGUUGGUCUUGAUGAUGACGAAGAUGAAGGCGAGAUGAUGGACCACGAUGCUGAAAGAUAG